UGUUCAUUUAAAAAAAAAAUAAAAAAUCCAAAACAAAACUGAAUAAAUUAAAAAAAUAAAAAAUCAAUACCCACACUGCCACACAGUUCACAUUUUAGUGAUUUUACAGAACCAGUAACAAUGGCUUCCAUCCUCCCCUCUCCUGUUCAUCAUCAACCUCGUCCUUCUCUCUCAUCUUCAUCUAUUUCUUCAAGAAAUUUUCAAACUUUUGGUGCAAAAAUCCAAUCUUUAAAUCUGGGUUAUACCCAAAAUGGAAGAAUUCUCUUUCCUAAACUUCAAGUCUCUACAACUGACUAUCCUCCUCCUCCUCCUCCUCCAUUGCCAUCUCCAGAGUUCAAGGAACUUAUUGCUUCUUUAAAGCUCAAAUUGUUGAGUGCUGUCUCUGGGCUAAACAGAGGUCUUGCGGCUAAUGAAGAUGAUCUAAGGAAGGCAGAUGAUGCAGCACGGGAGCUUGAAGCUGCUGGUGGACCUGUAGACCUCUCAAAUGAUCUUGAUAAACUCCAAGGAAGAUGGAAAUUAUUAUAUAGCAGUGCUUUUUCAUCACGCACUUUGGGAGGGAGUCGUCCUGGACCUCCUAUAGGAAGACUUCUGCCGAUUACUCUUGGUCAGGUGUAUCAACGAAUUGAUGUUUUCAGCAAAGAUUUUGACAACAUCGUGGAGAUUGAAUUAGGUGCUCCAUGGCCCUUACCACCUGUUGAAGUAACUGCAACGCUAGCACACAAAUUUGAGAUCACAGGUUCUGCUUCAGUUAAGAUCAUAUUCGAAAAAACAACAGUGAAGACAACUGGAAACUUGUCGCAGCUACCUCCUCUGGAAGUUCCUCGGAUACCAGAUUCACUCAGGCCUUCAUCAAAUCCUGGAAGUGGUGAUUUUGAGGUCACAUAUAUUGAUGCAGACACCCGUAUCACUAGAGGAGACAGAGGCGAGCUUAGAGUAUUUGUCAUCUCUUAAUCUGCAUGACAGAUUUCGCACCAUGGCUUAUAUAUACAUAUAUAUAUGAAAUUAUAAAGAGUGAUUCUUUUGACAAGGCUUUUUGGACUUUGGAUCACCCCCUCCAAAGAGAAACUCUGAUUUUCUGCCGAUUCAUAUGUAUAAUACAUUAAUACUGUAUAAGAUGAAGAUAUACAAUAUAUGGACUAUCAUUGUACAGAGGUUAUUUUGAUAUGAGAUUCAAACAAGAUUUCGUACAAUGUUCUUAAA